GCGUGGAGCAUGGACAAGCUGAACAAGCUGACCGUGCCGGCCGGGGAGAAGUUCAGGAAGCUUCAAAAGAUGGUGCAUGACAUCAAGAAAAAUGAAAGUGGGAUAAUAAACAAGUUCAAAAAGUUCCAAAAUGAGCAAGUGGCCUUAAUUUGCAAAACUGGGAAAGAUACUUGGGAUAGGCUAAAAAAAAAACCUCCACCAAGUCUACCACAAAGGGAUUAUGCUUCAGAACACGCAGACAAUGAAGAGGAACAAUGGUCAGAUGAUUUUGACAGUGAUUAUGAAAAUCCAGACGACCACUCUGACUCUGAGAUGUAUGUGGUCCCCAGUGAAGAGAAUCCUGACGACAGCUAUGAGCCGCCUCCAAGUGAGCAGGAGAAAAAGAAGAUUCCCUCCGCAUUCCCUAUUUCAAGGGGUGAAUACGCAGACAAUCGCACCAGUCACCAGCAGCUUCCUUCCAUCAGCAAACCUCUCCCAAGUACACCCAGUCCAGCCAUGUCCAGACCAAAGAAACCAUCCAUGCCAUCCCUGCCAUUGCCAUCUCUUGCUACAAAACCAAAAGUACCACCGAAGCCUAAGGAGUGUAGUGAUGAUGAGGAUAAUUACAUUGUGCCAGUGGACAAUGACGACGAUAACUAUAUUGAACCCACAGAAAGCAGCACGCCACUACCUACAAGAUCUCCUGUGAACAGAUUUAUGAAGACAACAAAGUCAGCUCCUCCUACUUCUCCAAAGCCUUCUCUUACUUCUGAUAUACAAGAAGUCUACGAGGUUCCUGAAGAAGAGGAGAAACCAUCACCACCACCGGUAACCAGGUUCACUAAGCCACUUCUGCCUAUGCCUGCUCAGAAUACGGAGCACUCCCACAUGCACAGCAUGACCAGAGAGCCACCUAAGCUAGAUACUUCCAG